AUGUCUAACAACAUGAACACCAUAUUAGAGUCAUCACUCGGCUUCUUGAGUAACAUUCCAAAUUACAUUAUCGGCCAAUUUAGCGGGUUAAGCGCUGGCAACAACACCACCAACAUUAACAAUACAGAUGACGAAAACGUUAAUGACAUCAUCAAUAAUGACGUCAUCAACAUAAGCUGCAGCAAUAACAACAACAACAACCCGCCUAUAGUUAUGGCUUCCUUCACAUUCCAAGCCUACGCCACUGAACCAUUGAAGAUGAGGAAGACGAAGAUGAAGAUGACGAAGAUGAUGACGACGACGACGAAGAUGAUGGUGGUUAUAAAGAAGACGGCGAUAGUGGUGAUGAGGAUGGUGAUGGCGAUGAUGAUUAUGAUUACAACGGCGGGUAUGGUUGUGAUAACGAUAUCCGUGGUUAUAUUAUUGCCCGGAAUACCGAUUUUGCUCUUUGCAAUGAUGCCACAUUUUGGAAUACCACUUUUAGAAAUAUCCACUGUUGAAAAUACUCUCCACGGGGAAUACCAAUUUUGGAAAAACCCAUUUUGGAAAAAUCCCAAAUCUGGAAAAGUUUCAUGCAAACAGAAGCAAACGUUGGGGAUGACCUUGAGCUUAAGCUUGCAUACUGUAUUAUCACAGUUUUUUCAGUUUUUGUUGUUGCCCUUGUUGUAUAUCGGGUAUUUCUUAGAUACCAUGAUCGCAUUAUGUCGGCAUUACCUUUUCGUGCCUUCGCUGGAGUUAGUGGUGUGGAUGUUUACCGGCCAUCAUUGUUCUUGCAUGGCGAGGCGUUCUUUAGCUCAGUUGGAGUCUAAACGUAACAUUGGAACCAAAGACGAUGACGUCAACGCGGGUGAUGGUGGUGAUUAUGAUAAUAAAGAUCAUGAAGGUAGUGAUGAUAACAAAGAUCAUGAAUGUAGUGAUGAUAACAAAGAUCAUGAAUGUAGUGAUGAUAACAAAGAUCACGAAUGUAGUGACGAUAACAAAGAUCACGAAUGCAGUGACGAUAACAAAGACCACGAAUGCAGUGAUGACAGCAUAGAAUGCAUAAUUAGUGACGAUAACAAAGAUUAUAAAACUGGAGAUGAUGAUGAAGACGAAGAGAAAGAUGAAGAUGAGAAUGAUGAUGAUGAGGAUAAUGUUGGAAAAAUAGUUAACAAUGAAAACGAAAAAGUCCCAAAAGAUGAUGAUGGUGAUGAUAAGAAUGUUGGUGGUGAUGAUAAGAAUGAUGAUGAUGAUGAUGAGAAUGAUGAUGGUGAUGAUAGCAAGAAGAAAACACACCCAAACUCUACCGACACAAAUAUGACCGCAACAAAAAGUGAUCACAACGAGGUUGAUGUCAACUGUAAAAACGAAGUCACAGAUCCCGAAAACCUGUCAAAAAUGACAAACAAACCAACUCAAGAAAUAGAUCAGCAGGUACCUCUCUGGAUCGAUCCUACCCCCUCAAACAACUCCCCGGACAGCCCCGCUUGCCAACUGUGCUCACAACUAAAUUUCUACUAUCAAAAAUGUAUCGAUGAAAUGGCGAUGAGUAUGAGGGAUUCAAAGACGGAGUUAUUUAAAUAUUUCUUCAACCACACCAUAGAUUUCGUGAGGAAUAAAGCCCCGCUGAAAUGUCCGCUGCAUCAAACUUCACGACCCUCUCCAACUGACGGCCACAAGGAACCACGGAUCGCUUCCGUGGCGACGGUUGAGGAUGAAUUGAAAAUCCCGACAAAAACGCAACCUCCGGGAAAAUUACCAAUCCAUUCCAGGACUUCUAUUCUGAAGGAACUGCAACCUAGCCAAGCUAAGGCUCGCAAAGAUCAACAGCUUCUAAAUAGCUUCAAUGACAGAAACAACGGCGGAAACAAAAAAAGAAACAACGACAACAACAACGACAACAACGGAGACGGAAAUGGAAACAAUGACAACGAAAACGGAAAUAGAAACAACAACAACAAUAACGACGACGACAACAACGACGAAAACAACAGAAACGGAAAUGGAAACAACAACGAAAACAACAACAACGGCUACGAAAGUAGCAACAACAACUACAACAAUAACAACAACAACGAUGACAACAACAACAGUAAUGAAAACAACGGGAAUGGAAACAACAACAACGGAAACGGAAAUAGAAACAAUAGCAACAACAACAACAACAACGAAAACAACAACAAUGAAAACAACAACAAUGAAAACAACAACAACAACAACGAACACGGAAAUAGCAACAACAACACUCUCGCUAAUAACAACAACAGAAACAACAACAGAUACAACAACAGAAACCAAAACAGAAACCGAAAUAGAAACCGAAAUAGAAACCGAAAUAGAAACCGAAACUUCAUAAACGACUUCCACAACAGACUUCUGGAGAGGGAAAUCCGUGAACAACAGUUACGCCGACGGUACGGCAUAUUCCUCUUCAUCUUGUGUCUUUACAUCAUUGCUAGUACCCUGCUUGCCGCCUGGACCAGCGGUUUUCUGGAUCUCUUACUUAAAGAAUACCUUCCUAUCAUUCUUCUAGGCAUCUAUUCUUUCAUAUUAAUGACUAGUUUUGUCUAUUUUGUGUUUCGAGAUUAGUGUGUAAUUGAGUGAGUGAAUGAGUGAAUGAACGAAUGAGUAAGUGUGUGAGUGAAUGAGUGAGUGAGUGAAUAAGUGAGUGAGAAAGUGAGUGAGUGAAUGAGUGAGUGAGUGAAAGAUUAAAUACAGAUAGAACAUGUUUUUAACAUUAUCCUGGUUUUAUUGGCAUGCGUGCACUUUGGAUAAAUGAAAUAUCUUUGCUCGAUUUUAACCGUUAUAACAUUGCAUGGAACUGUAACACGUAAGACACGUCUCUAUAUUAACAAAAAA